CAACAUGAAAUAAAAUAAAAUUUAAAAUUGGAAGUAAAUAGGCGGAUAGAGAUAAGUUGGGAAUAGCCGCCGCCGAGAUGACGAAAAGCAAGCGUGUGGAUUUAGCAUCUGAAUUCUCGUCCUCGUCUCAGACUGUGGGCGCUCCUUCCUCGCCCUCAGCUUUCCUCCCUUGUUUUUUUCCUUCUACGCACUUUCUGAGCCAUUUUGUUUUAAUAUAGUUAGUGGAAUUGGAUGAGAACUCGCAGCCGUCAACAAACACUUCCCCAAUGGGUAACAAAACCAGAGAAUCACCAAAACUGGAAAACCAUUAGCGCCCAUCAAUACAAAAACAAAACCCACCCUCGUUUCCUUCCCCAUUACAACACAACUUUCUUUCUCUUCUUCGCAAUCCAAUCCAAUCCAAUCCAUCGCCUAUGCGUAUGAGCUGCAACGGAUGCCGAGUUCUUCGCAAAGGCUGCAGUGAGAGCUGCUCCAUCAGACCCUGUCUUCAAUGGAUCAAAACCCCUCAAUCCCAAGCCAAUGCUACUUUCUUCCUCGCCAAAUUCUACGGCCGAGCUGGCCUCCUUAACCUCAUCAAUGCCGGCCCCGACCAUCUCCGCCCUGCUAUUUUUAAAUCUUUGCUGUUCGAGGCGUGUGGCCGGAUUGUCAAUCCGAUCUUCGGGUCGGCCGGAUUGUUGUGGUCCGGGAGUUGGCAGCUGUGUCAGGACGCCGUGGAAGCCGUUCUAAAUGGCGUACCGAUUCCGCCGGUUUCUUGCGAGAUGGCGACGUCCCACAUGGGCCCACCUUUGAAAGGCUGCGACAUCCGCCACGUGUCCAAAAAGCAAGGCUCCGGUCUUAGUGAGAUAAAGAAGCGGCGGAGGUUCAAGCGCAAGCCGAAGCCGAAGGAGGAACCGGUUAUGUUACCCGAGUUCGUAGUGGAUGGACCGGCCCGGAUUUCAUCGGAGCCCCGGUGUUUCAAGUUUGAGUUGGACAAUCUAGAGGGCCAUGUGUCGCCGGAGAAGGUCUGCGGCAGCGAACAUACCGAGUGCUUGUCGGUGGAGACCGCGGAGGCUUCUUCGGUGGGCCAGGGUGGUGGCGUGGAGUUGGAACUUACCUUGGGGUUUGGGCACGGUCGGAUGCUGACGUGUAAAGAGAGAUAGAUGAUUUUGCUCUCAAGAAUUUUGAAAAUAUUGUACAAAAGCAAAUUUGUAUUACUAAAAAAUCAUAAAUAUGUUGAAUCACAGAUUAUAUUAUACACAAUACCCUCUCAUAUUUAUUAA